AGGAGAAGUUUGGGAAGCAUGGAGGUAGAGUGCUUCUGGUCGAGGUCCAGGCUGACCUGGGAAGAGAGGGAGCUCCAAAGUUGAGGAACGGUGCAGCUGCAUCUCCCCUCCAAUGUGCUGGGGCAUCACAUGCGUGCGCAGUGACACGAAGUAAAAUUUCUAUCCAUUUUAUUUCAUAUUCUCAUUGCCUCAGUACUAUGAGGUGGCCAUGCCAUUUGCAGUGAGUAGCUCCCACCAAUGGUAGAAGUUGAUCGGUGGUUCUCAGACUUUUUAGACUCAAGGCACCCCUCAGAAAAUGCCAUCUCUUAGCUUUUACUUGCUUUUUGACUGUGGAAAAAAAUAGAGUGAUUUUCUGUUGCAAAGAACUUGGAUCAUCCCAGUCAGAAUGUUUGUGACCCUAUGGAUUCGUGUUUGAAAUCUCUGGUUUAUCCUGUGAAUUAUGUGUAGAGAUGUUUGGCCCAACUAAGAGUGCAAAUAUUAUAUGGCAUCUUGUGACAUCCUUAAAAGGAUCUCACUGGCACCCAGGGUGCUGUAACACCUUCACUGGUGUAGAUUGUCACUUGGAAUUUUUACUUCUCAUUUAACUCUGUUCAGUAGAGAAACACUGGGAAGUUUGGCCACAUUGUUUUCUUAAUGAUACCAGCCACACAAUAAUCAUAAUACCUAGCUCUUAUACAAAGCAUUCAAGAGGUGUAUGACUGUGUCCUUGAUAACACUACUUUGUUUAAAUAAAUGUAAAAUAAACUGAAAAGGAGAAGAGACUGCUCUUCUAGAGAUCUUUUUUAAGUGUAAUGACGGUGUGAAUGUGAGAAGAUUUUGAAAGUGGUUAGUGAGAUUUUAAUUGUUCUUAUUGCAAGAUUUUGCUAAGUAAAUACUUUGCGUAAGAGUGAAAAGCAUGUGUAACAAGGUAAUUUUGGCAUAAAAUAGGAGUAUGACUAUAUGUCAUGCAACAGUAAUCUAAAGGAAGGAAAUGUGUUGCUUCUCGUUGUUUCAUCUGUUUUAUUGCUUUUUGCUACGUGUUUCUUUCACAAAGCAGCAGCAUGAUUUUAAAUGUCUUACUGAAUCGCAUUGUAAAAAUCCUCCGUGUCAGGAAAGAGAUUAAAAUCUGCUUUAAAAUGAAUCCGUCAAAACAGCUGAGGGAGUCUCCCUGCCAUCUCACCUAGAAAUUUAAUAUAAGUGUUAAUUAUAUGGAAAAGGGGUUCAGGAUUGUCUUUCCUCAGUCCAGUAACCAAGGCAAUGAUCCUUCCAUCUGCUCCAUGUGAGCAGUGCUUUGAAGCCUAUACAAAUCAGUAGUCACAGGAGUACGUAGUCCCAUUGGCUUCCCCACGUAACAAUGAAGUUUGAAAAAUAUAAUCUUGGACAAUUUUGCAAAUGAAUAGUUUGGAAAUCUUUGAAAUACUGAAUAAGUCAUAACAGCUUUUGGGCUGUUUUUGCAGUAGUAGGUGCUGGGUAGGCCCCAUUUGGCAGGAAACAUAAAAUACUGGCGACAGUGAAAUUAUUGAGUUUUGUGAUUUCCUUAAAUUGGACCUGGAUUUCUUUCCUGCUGUCUUUGUACUGUGGUUAGCACGCUGAGGUCCCAAUUGUGAUGGCAUGCUCCUGUAAUACAAACACUUCAAGUGCAAUAAAAAGAAGUAGUAAAACAAGUAAUGCAGGGUGCUUUACUUUCUUUUUCUUCUUUGCUUGCUUUUUUGAUAAGGAUUUUCUGCCCUUACAGGUUACUUCUUUUUCAAAACGUUUACAAAACUUAAUAAUGAUGUCAAUAUAUUUAAUUGCUAUUAAUUAGUGUAUGUUGGAGGCAUUAGGAAGCUAUAUGUUGAAUGAUUGCAGAGGCAACCAUUUCAUUUCCUCUCUGGAGUAAAUUAGUGAGUGACAGGAACAGAAACAGAAAGGGAGUGUGUGCCUGUGUCAGUAGCGAUGAACUAUCUCCUUUUCUUCUGCUUUUAUGGAAGGGACACACUGAGCAUUGUCAUUUUUUACUUCUGAAUUGUUUUUGCAUGUUAGAAAGCAGAAGCCAAGACAGUGUUCUUAUGAGACUUUUGGAGAGAUUUGGUUUCUUGGCAGAUGUGUUAUUGCCUGGUGGUUACUGAAUACUUUUUGUGGAAAUGGCAAACAGAUUAUUAAUAUUGAACAUUUGCCAUGUUUAAGGAGGAGAAGUGCUGAAACUGCAUCUCCCAUAAUGCACAUAGGUUUUUUAUAGCUUGGAUCAGCUGACCUGGAUUGUGACACCGUCUUUAUUUCCUGUCCAGCAUGAAUGGAAAUGACUUGUAUAUACCAGUAUCUUUUCUUUCCUUAGUCAGGUGAUUUAAUGACUUUUGACCAAAAUCUGAUUCAGAGCAAUGGCCAAAAAGUGAGCUGACUUACUGGCUCGAGUGGUGGAAAACUACUUCUUUCUGGGGGAAGCAAUGUCACGAAGUAAUAUACUGCAGUCUGCUCUGUUAUCUUCAUAUUGAAGCAGAACUUAAAAGAGAUCUUUAAAAGAAAACUAGAGCUUUUCCAGGCAGAAGCUGACAACUUCUGAAGAAAAGACAAAAUGUCAUCUGAAUCGAAAAAGCUUUUUAACAUAAUUAUUUUAGGAGUGGCUUUUAUGUUUAUGUUCACUGCCUUCCAAACAUGUGGAAAUGUUGCGCAAACAGUUAUCACAAAUUUAAACAGCACAGAUUUUCAUGGCAGUGGCUAUACCAGCAUGGCCAUUAUUUAUGGAGUGUUUUCUGCAUCAAAUCUCAUUUCACCUUCAGUGGUUGCUAUAGUAGGACCGCAAAUCUCCAUGUUUGUUAGUGGUAUAUUUUAUAGUGCAUACAUUGCGGUUUUUAUCCAGCCUUUCACGUGGGCCUUCUACACUGCUUCUGUUUUCAUUGGGAUAGCAGCUGCUGUACUUUGGACUGCACAGGGAAAUUGCCUGACAAUAAAUUCAGAUGAAAACACCAUUGGGAGAAAUAGUGGAGUAUUCUGGGCACUUCUACAGUUCAGCUUGUUUUUUGGAAAUCUCUAUAUAUACUUGGCUUGGCAAGGGAAAACCCAUAUAUCAGAGGGUGACCGCAGAACCGUCUUCAUCGCUCUAACUGUUAUCAGUCUCGUGGGCACGGUUCUGUUUUUUCUGAUUAGGAAACCCGAGGAGUCAAAUACUCAUGAGGGGGAAGAUUCCACUAAUGAAAACCUUGGGGAUGCCUCGUCUUCCCAAAGCAAAAUGACGAGAGCAGUGGAUGCAUUUAAGAGAUCUAUGAAGCUUUGCCUCACCAAAGAGAUUCUGCUUCUUAGUAUUACAACAGCCUAUACAGGUCUGGAAUUAACAUUCUUCUCUGGAGUGUAUGGGACCUGUAUCGGUGCUGUGAAUAAAUUUGGCAGUGAUGAGAAAAGCCUCAUUGGACUCUCUGGUAUUUUUAUUGGCAUAGGAGAAAUUUUAGGUGGCGGAUUCUUUGGGUUAGUGAACAAGAACAAUCGUUUUGGCAGGAACCCAGUUGUGAUACUGGGCAUUGUGGUCCAUUUUGUAGCCUUUUAUUUAAUCUUUUUCAACAUGCCAAAUAAUGCCCCCCUUGCUUCCAUUGAGGGGACAAAUGACCAAGCUUAUAUGAAUCCAAGCAAAGAGUUAGCCAUUUUUUGCAGUUUCCUUUUGGGGCUAGGAGACAGCUGCUUUAACACCCAACUGCUCAGUAUUUUGGGGUUCCUUUAUUCAGAAGACAGUGCUCCAGCCUUUGCCAUCUUUAAGUUUGUCCAGUCCAUCUGUGCUGCAGUUGCCUAUUUCUAUAGCAACUACCUGCUUCUUCAGUGGCAGCUUCUGAUCAUGGUGGUGGUCGGGUUCUUUGGAACAAUAUCUUUCUUUACAGUGGAGUGGGAAGCACCAGCAUUUGUUGCCCGUGGCUCUGAUUACAGCAGCAUUUGAUCCAGGUGUUCCAUCAGUCUGAUGUGAGCAGAUAACUGCACUCCUUUUUUUUUUAAAUGACUUGAGAAGGUAAAAAGAUAAAACCACAGAGGCCAGGAUGAAGGAAGACUGUUAAACCUCUGUCACUGUAACCAGUGGGAACAGCCACAGUGAAACAUGGAAAAACAAAAUGCCAAAAAUUAAAAGGCUCUUUUUCUUGUUUUAAUCAACCAAUGUCAAUGUGCAGGUUCACAGAAAUCAGGUAUUAGAAAAUGGAAGCAAAAAUGGGGAUCUGUGCAUUGAAAACAUUUAUUCUGAUGCAUCCCUUUCUUGAGUGCCUAUUUCUCUGUCACUCUUUAUGGAUGUGCACUACAAAGAUUCUAGUUUCAUUCCUCACCUUUUAAAUUAUUUUGUUUUUACAUAGAUCCAAGUUCUACAAACGCUUUUAUUAUAAAAAUUCCUCCUGUAUGUGAGUGAUAUUUUGUUAAAUACAUUAUGUUGUGGCACAUGUCUACAUAUAUGAGAAACUAGCCCAUGCCAAGGACUUCUGUGGCAAUAUGAUCUUUAGAAGUAUUCUAGAGGGAACUUUUUUCUUUCUGAUUCUGUGCCUCUCAGUUCCUUGGUUCUUAACUAUUUAAGUUUGUUGAUAUGCUAUUUUAUAUCUUAUAAUUUUAUGGGGGCUCAAUUUAAAAAAAUAAGGAGAGGUUGCAUGUUAUGGGAUGACGUAAAAGAUUUUACAAUAAUCUGAACAAUAUUUUUCUACAAGACAUGGUCUGCAAAGAAGCACUUGAAACUCUCAGUCAUAUUCAUAGGUACUGAGAGCUUAGCAUCACUCAGGAUGAAGUUGUAGAUUUGCUUGCCUUCCAUAACUUCCUCGAGAUAACAGUAUAUGAAGAACCAUAAAGCCAUGGCUAUCAUUCCACAAACAUUUGUGCACCUCAGGUUUCCUUCUGAAUUCAUUGGGAUUACUCACAUGCUUAAUUAUUCAGGUGUGUAAGUGCAAUAUUGGGGCCUAUGUUAGUUUUACUGUUAGCAAAGACAUUUUGUGAUUUUUUUUUUUUUCCCUCUCCCCCAUACACCUUUUUACAGCAUACUUGGAAUCAGUCAAAAUACUGUAAAAUGGCCCCUUGUUACUGCAUGCGCAGCAUCUGCUCAUAUGUAUCAGGAAAUAAUAUCUGAAAAACUGACUGAUAUAAACCAAUUUUAUUAUUCCAUAUAGCUGGGGAUGAUUCUUCAGAAACAAAGCUAGCAGCAGAGUUUGAGAUAAUGUAGGCACCAGAUGCAACACAUCUUUUUUUUUUUUCCCCUUUUUAUUUACCUAGCUGACUUUGUAGUACUUGCAGUUAGACUUUUUGACUGCUAAGUGAAUUUGAGGCAAUUUGAAACCCAAGAGAGCCUUUUAUAGUAUCUCUCUUAGUUUUAACCAUCUCCUACUUUCUAGCAAUGUUUCGUUUAAACUACAAGCCUUUUUGAGGCCACUUGGCAUGUUGACUUCUAUUUUAAAAGAAAGGCAAAAAAGUUGAUUUUUAAACCAUGUUUCAGUCGUCCCCUUCCCCCCCACCCAACCCUCCUCUGGUCCCCCAUCUCCCCGCAGUGUAAAAAAUUACUUAGGUGUGUUUGGAAGUUGAACUUCUGUGGAAAUAAGGGAAUCCUGUGCCUUUCUGCAUCUCUGUCAAAGUGGCGAGUCUCUCAGUCAUGAGUCAAAAUCCUCACAUAGCACAAUCAUGUCUGUGCAGUUAAAUGGCACAACAACACUGAGUUUCUCUGAGUUCACCCUGAUUUUCUGCUGUGAGGUCAGAAAAUAUUAAUAGGAGGAUUAAUGAACCUCUGAGUGUUUGUCAGGGAAGGAGAUGAGUUAGGAGAUACAAGAAGCCUAUUAUAGGUCAAUUUUAGAAAACAUAAAAGGGAACGAGAUGGAGGAGAAUAUAAAAUAGAGGGGUCUAACAUAAUCAUUCUGAUUGUUCAAUUGAACUGAAAGGGAAUAUUCAGGACAUGGAAUCACAUUGACUCAAUCUAUAUAAUUGAUGGAGCUAGCUGUAUAUUAAUUAGUUCCUCAGAUCUACUCCUUUUAUUCAGUAAUUUCAAAUACAGUAUUUUUACACAGAUACAUCAUAAAAAAAAUUGGGAAAUCUUCAGUGAUUUGUUAUUUUCUUAUUUAUAUUUUCUUCAAAAUACCAGAAGGGAUAAAGAGCUUUAUUUUAAGAUACAGAUACAUUUACCUUUUGCCCCUUUUAAUAUUCUUGGGGAUCUGUUCACCCCAACACAUCAGCAACAGAAAAAAGACUUUAAUUACCUAAAGCCCAUUAGGAGCAACUCUGUAUGGCAAUAUGUGGAUGAACAAAUUGAUUCUUAGGUAAUAUGAUGAUGAGUGAUUUACAGAUGUAUUUAAAAAUCAUGCAAUUUCAUUUUUCCAAGGUAAUGAUUCUCAUGAGAUUUGCUUUUUAAAAUGGGUGCUUUUAUUAAAGGAAUUUGUGUGUAAUGUUCACCUGGGACUUAUGCUUUAGUAGAGUGUAUCAGGAAGAAUCUCUUCAUCUCUAUGCUUGCACAGUUUCAGCAAGUACCAUGGGCCUAAUAUUCAGAGGUUCUGAAUACCAACAGCUUCUUUUGAUGGAAGCUAAAGUUGUGGGUCCUGGGUACCUUUUGAAAAUCAGAUUUGUUAUCCCUUCCUGAAGAAGGAAAGUACCUUUUUCUCUCUUGCUGCAGAGAGGAGGACAUGGACCAAUGGCUUAAAGUUGCAGCAAAGUAAGUUUAGAUUGGAUAGCCAGAAAAACUUCUUCACUAUUAGACUAGUGACGCAAUGGAACAGACUAUCUAGGGCAGCGUUUCCCAACCAAUGUCCCGCGGCACACUAGUGUGCUGUCGGAUAUGUCCGGAUGUGCCAUGGAAUCUUGGGGAGGCAUGGCUCCCAGCAGGGCAUGGCUACAUCCAGUGCCCAUUACCACCCCCCUGCAUCCAGAUGCUCACUAGCCCCCUUCCCCGUUCCACAUCUGGCUGCUCGCCUCCCCCCUCUGCAUUCACCCAGUGUGCCAUGGAAUGCAAAAUGUUGGGAAAUGCUGAUUUAGGGAAGUUGUGGACUCUCCAUCACUGGAGGUGUUCAAGAAGAGGUGGGACAGCCACUGGUCAGGGAUGAUCUAGACCAGGGGUGAGUGAAACGGCAGAUUUCUCUGGCAGCUGGACUCCGUUUCCCAGCAGCCCUUGCCCGUGUAGCAGCCGGUUUCCAUGGAGACUUCAGCAGCACCCUGAUAGCAUAAGGUCAGGGUUUCCAUUGAGACCAGCCCCAGCAACACUGGCAAGGCAUACAGCUGGGCAGGGAGCUGCUCUGGGGCCGGGGCUGGGAUCUUGCCGCAGUGACAGUGUAGUCCAGAGCCAGAGCAGAGCUGUGAUCUGCUGAUUGCACACCCCUGCUUGGGCCAUGCGGGUAACAGUUCACAGCUGUGUCCCGGUUCCGGACCACGCCGUCACCGCAGCAACAUCCAGCCCCAGGGCAGGUCCAUGCCCAGUUGCGUGCCUUGCAAGCGCUGCUGGGGCUGGUCUCCAUGGAAACCCUGGCCCCAUGCUGUCAUGACACUGCCGCUGCUGGUGUUUUUCUAGAAACCAACUGCAGUGACGUGGGCAGGGACUGCUGGCAAAUGGACUCUGGUCUGGGCCAGAUUUUGCCCACCCCUAGCUUGGCAUAGCUAUGCCUAACUUCUACUGUGGGGAUUUCCCAUGCUUCUGGCUUUGCUGGUUUCUCCCACCCCCUCCCAUUCUGCUGCAUGUCAGGGUGUUUUUAAGCCUUCCUCAAAGGCACUGGGUCUUGGUUAUAGCCAAGGCUGGGGACUUUGACUGGGGUGUGCCAAUGUUUCUGCUGGGACCAAAGCCGGAGGUUCCUGGCUAAAGGGCUUUGCCCCUUUGCUCAGGGUCAAACCAAUCACCCUGCUUGGGAUCAGGAAGGGAUUUUACCUCAUGGUUCAGAUUGGUAUGGACUUUUGGGGGAUUUUGUCUUCUGUGGUCCUUUACCCCGGGACCUGUUAAGCACAUACUGACAGCAUUUCAUAGAGGCAGGGCAUUGGCUGUCCUGGCUCCCCUGCUUUACCUGUGGCAGGUUAGGGUGUUAGGUCUGUGUUGUGUCAGAGUGGAUGGUAGUCUUAUGUAGAGUUUAUAUUGUGUUUUGCACAGGAUGGUUUGGACAGGGAUGAUCCUGCCUCAGGCAGGGGUUGGACUAGAUGACCUCUGGAGGUCCCUUCCAGCCCCGCUUCUCUGUGAUUCUGGGAUUCUUUUGCUUGAACUGGUUCAAUGCCAGCUAUGUAAAACACAAGAAGGGUUGUUUAGACUACUUGGCUCAUUCAAGUGAGCUGUUAUUGUCCCUGUGAGAUGAAUCUUAUAAGAAACCUGUAGCAUUCUUCAGCCAGCAUUACAAGUGCUCAACAUUUUAACUAUUAACUAUAUAAAUAUAAUUUUUUGAUUAAUUUUUCCCCCACAGAAUAAAGGCUUUGGUUCUUCAGAAAACCAUAUAAUACAUGACUGCAUUUAAACUUGCAGCCUAAUUCCUGUGGAAUAUCGGGGCAUGAGAAAUGCAUCCAUCUACACAGGAUAAUCCUUUCCGUCAUAUGCUUCUGGUAUAACAAUUAGCGGUAAAACAGAUUAACGCUUUCUAUAUCUAGUUGUCAUCACAUGUCUUGGACAGCAUUUCUAAAUCUAUCAUCAUAGCUAUGGGCUUGUAUUAACAGACAACUUUGAAUAUACCUAUUCAUCUUUUCUCUUCUGAAGAUUGAUUCAACAUCCUGGAAACAGAGUGUUUCAAUGGGAAUUGGAACAGUCCUUGUUGUUAACCCCAACAAUUUAAAUGUAGAGCUCUCCUGCUUUUGAAGAGAACCUUUCCAACAUAAAGUAGCAAAGCCAUUUCUGGAGCCCACAAACCAAGUCAUGAACAAUACAAAGAAAUACAUUUUUAUGCCCUUUCUUCUUUGUGUUAUAAUUGAGGCUUUGGCUUCUUGAACCGUUACCUCCCCACAUUCUCCAAAUGUCAAAGCCCUUAAGAGGAAGUAAAAACUUUAUUUUCUUGACAUGUUUAAUGCAUUAGAGCUAACUUGAAGUCUUUUUCUCAUUUAAAAAACAUUAGAGCACAAAUAAUUGUGUCUUGAGGUCUUGCAAAUCUUCUAAAUCUGCCAAUAAUAGUAACAUUGGUGGAAAGAGCAUGUGUUGAAAUCUGAAUGUCUAUAAUCCUUUGUCAUCGCUAACUGGUAUGUUUUGGUUUGCAUUGUGUUAAUUUUAUUGAGUAUAAUAUACAUGAGGAGGUUGGAAUAAGAAGGAAAACUGCAGUGUGUUCUUUUUGCAGAGACUUGUUCUACACUUAAAAAUGUUGCUGAUAUAGCUACAUCUCCUAGGACUAUGAUAAAAAAAAAAAAAAUCAUAGCACUAACUGACCUAGCUAUUCCAAAAGAAAUCCUAAUUGAGACACAGUUGUAACAGCAAACAAAGCUCUUCUGCUGCUAUAAUUUAUUCAUUUUGGGGAACUGUUUUACACUAUAUCAGGGAAAGAAUUUAUACUGUUUACAUUAGUUAAAUCUCUAGUAGGGGUGUUUUGCUGGUAUAGCUGAAGUGGUAAACCCUUUUAAGUGAAGAGCAGUCCACAUGCAGGACCAGAUACUUAGCUGAUGUAAAUUGGCAUAACUCCAGUUGACUUAACUGGAGCCACAUCAGUUUAUUUCAGUUGAGGAUCUGGACUACAAUUUGUACUUUUUUUUAAAUGGCUACCACUGUGUUUGAAUGGUGCUAAUUAACCUUCCAGAAGUCCUUCUAUAAGCUUGUCUUUACUAUAUAUAGAAGACCUGGUUGUGUUUUGAAAGAGCUGUCUAUGUAGCAUGAAGUUUAAACAGCUUUGAUGUCAAUAUAAACAGGACCUGUCAUAUUUAACAUCAUAACAAGAGGCCAAACAUGAUUGAUUGAUUUAUCCCUAUCUACAAAAUCAUAUUAACACGGUGUCUCAAGGUCAUGUUUAACAAGAACUUGCUUUCUAGCAUAGACUAGUCAAAGUUACAAGACUGUGUCUACACCUUUUUUGGAAUUCUUGGAAACCCACAGAUGCUAGCAACAGUGAAAGUAGUGGAGACCAGCACUUUUUACUGUCUCUUCAAUUUAUGUGGACUUUCUGUUGGAAAACCACCUUUAAUGAUAGAACUUCAGAGAUGAAGCGCAGCAUAAACCAGAACUGCUUUACAAAAUACUUUGCAUUUAGACAUUAGUUUGAUGUAGGGACUGAAAGUGUUAGUUGUUUCCAUUUCCAAUUACACAUUCAAAGGGGAUGCAAAACCUAAUUUAACUUCAGAAAUUAUCUGAGCCCCACUGUGAAGCACUAAUGAGCAAGUAGUGGAAGACAUCUCCCCAGGGGUAUAGGAAUGCCAUAGAGAACAAAUUUGGAAAGGGAGAGAAUGGUUCAGAGAGAGCAAAUAAGGAGAGGCUGUUGCACAAUGAAAAGGACAAGUUUGGGUAAUUAGAUGCUGUUGGCAUUAAUUCAGUUUGUUUGCUUCAUUUUUGUUCUGCUGUCUAAAUUGUUAUUUCACAUGUUGACAAGUCCUCCUCCAAGCCAUCCUUUCUGUUUUGUUUAUGUUUUGAUGUUGUGCAGAGGUCUUAUUAACAUUGGUUUAAGUCUUUUUUAUGCUAAUAAAAAGGUGUCUUUAGGUUAUAAUUGAUGUCACAUUAAUUGAAAGCAGACCCACGUGAUGACUGUUAUAAUGAAGACACUGAUUGUAAGUGAGUGUAUCGAAUGAAAACAGGCUCCUUACUAUAUUUCUUUUGUGGUUACAGCCAGGCAAAUAAAAGUGAAUCAUGGCCAAUA